GGGUGGCGGUGACGGCGGCGGCAGUGUGGUGACAGUGGCGGCCAUCUCGCUUGACCACUGCGGCCCCGCCAUUAGUGCCACCCGUACACCGCCCAACGCUGGCACCUUAGUGGUCGAGAGUGCCACGCGAGUCUCUCGGGAAAGUUGGCAACCGGGUGCCACGACCAGCGAGGGUCGAGGGGCGCAGGCGAGCGUCAGUAAGCCCCCGGGCAGGCCAGAUGCAGGGCCAACACCAUGUAGCAGCGGUCAGCACCGUCUGUGCCACCACCCCCGCACUCCGCCGGUCCCCCCGCCCCCACCAGUGUGCCCGCGUCCCGGCACUUCUGCGCCACGCCGGUCCGCGAAACGCUACGCCGCCGACUCCGCCGCCUCCGCACCCCAGGGUGGCCAGCGACCCCUCAUGCCUCGUGCCCGUCGGUAACAGUGACCUCGCUCCGUAAUAUUGUCAUUCCUCGUGAACGGCAGCCCCGCCCCGCCCACCUCACCCAGCCUAGCCAGACCCAGGAUCAGGAACGUCACUCCCCCGCCACUCCCUCACCUCCAAGAAGCCCGCCCUCCUACCGGCCCGUGUGUGGCACGCCCGCGCGCUCUCAGUGAACUAACCCCGAGCCCCGAGAGGCACCGACUGAGGCAGCACAAGACGAGCUGGAGCCUCACAUUCCUCCCUCCCGCAGGAGGAGUAGCCGAGGCCACCCCACCAGUCAACAGGAGGCUGAACACACUCUCCUGUGCUCACCUUGGGCCCGAUAGGUGAAGCGAGGAGGCGGUCCGUGACGGCACCCCCACCACCCCUCCCUCUGCCCCAGCCAGCGCCUCCAGCUCCCCCCAGCAGCCUCAGGAGCGCCUCGAUAAUCGCCCCCCGCCGCGCUCUCCCAUGGUGCAGCGCCUAGCCGUCGCCGCCACCGCCGCCGCCACCACCACCGCCGCGAGACCCUGCAGUGACUGUGGCGGUGUGGCGAGGACGAAUGUCGCGCAGAAAGCAAGCGAAGCCAACCCGCCUCCCCGAGGACGAGACGGAGGAGAAAGAGAGCUAUGGAGGGGAGGAAGAUGAGAAGGAGGAAAAGGAAGGAGAGGAGGAGGAGGAGGAGGACGAAGAAGGAGAGGAGAGAGAUGAUGAAGCUUAUCAGGAAGAAGGGAAGGAUUACCUAACAACUCAUCCCGACAGUCCUCCACACCACCAAUCCUGGACAGGUGAGGCAGAGGAGCCAUACAUCUGUCCUUACUGCCGCGCCGAGUUGGGAUCCCGUGAGCAGCUGGAAGAGCAUCGGCUGGCGUGUGGUCGCGAGCCGCCCGUACUUCCCGUCCCCGACACGCCCCGCCAGCCGCCCCAUGAUGCCAGUCAUCCAGAUGAGUUGCGACGCCACCAGGAUGUGGCAAACAACAACCAGGCGCACGCCCUCAAGGCCCGCGAGGCACCAGAACCCGCCACCCCCGAGUCUCGUGAGUCCUCAGUGGACCGCAACAAUGGCUACGACAGUGACAGCAACCCCGUGGAGAGCGGCUCCCUGGCGCAAAUCAGACAGCUUUUGGCGCAGUCCACUGGCCUCCCACAGGUCGGACCCAUCGCACAGCAGUUGGCGCAGUCCAACCUGGCGUUGGAGGCAAUCCAGAACACCAGGAUGGCCCUGGCGCAAUUCGCCACCAACGCCAUGAACAACACCAACGCGAAUUCUCCAAACAACUCACAAACAAUGCAGGAGUUUGCGCUGUUGCAAGGAACGCUGUACACUCUGCAGCACCAGCAGAUGAUGCAACUGCAGCUCAUUCAGCAACUGCAGGCGCAACUCUCCAUUAAGAGCAAAGAAGGAAGUCCUGGCUUGCCAAAUUUUCCUGAGGGAGAGGCAAAGAACACAAGCGAGUCCACUGAUCGUCUGGAGACCCCCUCCUCACCAACACCCACUCCUCGACCCCCGCCGCCCACAACCACUGAAAGCAGCCACAGCAGCAGUUCUUUCAUCAGUACGCUCAUGGAAAGAUUCAAGGUCCCGCCCACCAGUGAGCCCAGCACCACCGAGCGUCCGCCCGUCAGCUCGCCGCUGUGCCCCGCAAGCACCAGCGGCCCUCCGCCGACGUCAGAUCCACGCGACCGACCGCUCUCUCCUCCCAUGACGGCCUCCAGCAUCGCGUCAUCCGUGAUCCAGCACACCGAACCGCCACCACCAGACGAGCCCAACACCCUCGAGAUGUUGCAGCGCACCGCCAACAACGUCCUCAACAAUGCCUCCCAGGGGCUCCUAACGAGCCGCCUAAUUGACGACCACAGACCCAAUGACGCCAAGGAUCCUUAUUACAAGCACCGCUGCAGGUACUGCGGUAAAGUGUUCGGCAGCGACUCAGCUCUCCAGAUCCAUAUCAGAUCCCACACUGGGGAGCGUCCCUUUAAAUGCAAUAUCUGCGGCAACAGAUUCACAACGAAAGGAAAUCUCAAGGUUCAUUUUCAGCGUCACGCGGCAAGAUUUCCUCACGUCAAAAUGAACCCGCACCCAGUACCCGAGCACCUUGACAAGUUCCACCCGCCGCUGCUGGCCCAGUUGGGGGAACUAAAGGAAUUUCCAUCUCCCCCUACAGGGCCACCAAACCCCUUUACUUCCCUCCCCGGCGGCCCCGCCCUGCCCCCUUACCGGCUGCCUGGACCUCCACCAUCUCUCGAUCACCUCCACCGACCUUUCAACCUUUUGAACCUGGCAAGACAGGGACGAGAGGACGAACCAGAGAACCUGACUAUUUCAGAGCCGCGUUCCUCUCCAGACUCCCUAGACCCAAAUUUUAAACCUGAAAAAUUAGAUUCAGGCAGAAUGGACGUGGACGAGGGAAUGAGAUCGCCGCACUUCGAUGUCAAAAACGACACGAACGACCACACCAGCGUGGUGGACAUGGGAGAGGAGAGUCAGGCCAGUGACUCUGCCUUCAAGAACGACAAGCUGUUCAACGUCGAUAAAAGAUUUGAUCAAGAGAAAACUUUUGAAAGUGAGAAGGAUUACAACGAGGAUAAGAGUCUCGAGGGCGAAAAGAGGUACGAUGAGGACAACCGAAGCAGUGAAGAGAAGGCACUCGAUGAAAUCAAGAAGAUGAGUGAUGAAGCCAACUUCGAGGAAGAGUCCGCCUUCGGCAAGAAGUACGAGGAAGACAAGUUUGAAGAAGACAAGUUCGAAGGGGGCAAGUUCGAGGGGGAAAACAAGUUCGAGGAAGAAAACAAGUUUGAGGGAGAAAAGUACGAGGGGGAAAAGUACGACAACGAGUCCAACUUCGAGAGGGAGAGCAGGCUGUCCAAAGAAAGCUUUCUUGAUUCUCAAGAAAUGCGAACCUUGAUGGAGAAGAAGAGUCCCGAGAGGGACCUCAACGCUGACCAGACACCUCUCGACAUUCGGGUUCGAACUGAACGCGAACUCAAAGACUACAAUGAAGGAAACGGCACUGGAAGCGUAAGUGGCGGCGGUAGCAGCGGAGGCGGCGCCAGUGCGGCCAAGGAGGAGCAAGACAGAGACAGUAGCGACUCCCGAUCAGUCACCUCCGAGCAGCCCACUGACCUCAGGAUGCGACCAGACUUUCGUCCGCUGGGAAUGCCAACCAUCCCCUUCUCGGGUCCCAGAAUGCCCCUUAACUUCCCUUUCCUUCCUGGACUUCCUACCUCAUUCCCACCCCCCAUGGGUCCCCCACCCAACAUGACAGCGGUGCCUCCUGGCAUCGAUCCCGCCAAGGACCCCAAUAUCUAUACCAACCUCUUGCCCAAGCCAGGCAGCAACGACAACUCAUGGGAGGCGCUCAUCGAAAUACAAAAGACGAGCGAAACCAUGAAACUAGAGCAGCUCGUGAAUAACAUCGAGAACAAACUGACGGAUCCAAACCAGUGUGUGAUUUGUCACAGAGUUCUUUCGUGCAAAUCAGCCCUCCAGAUGCACUACCGUACCCACACUGGCGAACGGCCCUUCAAGUGCAAGAUUUGUGGGCGAGCUUUCACCACCAAAGGAAAUCUCAAGACCCAUAUGGGCGUGCAUCGCGCCAAGCCGCCCAUGCGCAUGUUGCAUCAGUGUCCGGUGUGCCACAAAAAGUACACCAACGCGCUGGUGUUACAACAACACAUCCGUCAGCACACGGGAGAGCCCACAGACCUUAGUCCUGAGCAAAUCGCCGCCGCCGAAGUGAGAGACUACCCACACAUGCACACUCCCACCUCCUUGCCACAGAUGAUGCCUUCUGGCUUCCCGCUUCCUCCGCCGCCCCUCCAAGGCUUCCCGCCACUUCCUCUUCAUUUGCGAUUCCAGCUGUCCCCGGAAGCCAUGCGGCACCGCGAGAUGAUGGAAAGCGAGGAGCGCGGCACGGAGGACGACAAGUAUUUGCGGCCUUUUAGCACCUCGUCCAGAUCUUCUUCGACGGGAAGCGCAGAGCAGCGCACGGCAGAGGAUCUCACCAUGAGGGCCCGAGAAGACUCAUUCAACGGCAUGACAUCCCCACGGGUGUCUGUGUCGCCCACACCCUCAGAUUACUCAGACAUUGGUGAUCGAUCUCACGACGCCCCAGGCGGUGAUAGCCAAGUGUCACCAUCUGAUCAGCAACAGGUGUUGGGAAGCGCCGUCAGCCCCGCCGUCAGCACUGGUAGCCAGGAUGGUGGAAUCUCACUCCCGCUGGACCUGGUGUCCCGCCCGCACCCCAACCUCUAUUCUCCCUUCGGCCUCUUCCCACCACCUCUCACAACCGCUGCCAUGACGCCGAGCACACACAGUUUGCCAGGCCUCAACCCGCUCUUCCUGCCCAAUGUUCCAGGUCGAGGCAACACUACGUGCCAGCUGUGUUUCAAGACCUUCGCCUGUCAGUCAGCGCUGGAGAUCCACUACCGCUCGCACACCAAGGAGCGGCCUUUCAAGUGCUCUAUCUGUGACCGAGGCUUCUCCACUAAGGGGAAUAUGAAGCAGCACAUGUUGACCCACAAGAUUCGUGACGGCUGUCGUGACCUUCCACAAGACGGCGCUUCUAAAGCCAACGGCACCAGCGUCUCCACCCCGGAAACCACCUCCUCCAUCUCGCCCUCCCUCACCUCGCCCUCUCCCCUAGCACUUCCAGCCUCCUUAGUCACCUCUCUCCCUGCAACAUUGGCCUCCCCUCUCCCAUCAUCACUUCACUCUCCGCUUCCAACUUCUCUACAUUCUCCUCUCUCUACCUCCUUACACUCACCUCUCCCCACAUCUAUCCACUCUCCGCUACCCACCUCCAUCCACUCCCCUCUCCCACCUUCCCUUCCUCCGGCCGUGGCUGCUGCGCUCCUUCACCAGGCGAGGGAGGAGGAUAAAAUGGUGGACUUCAGAGUGAAGAGAGAAAGGGAGGGCGAGAAUAUGCUUCCGGUGCCCAAGCGAGCAUCGGGCCCCGGGUGCGAGGGUGAGUUGUUAGAAGGAGCACCUCCCGAGGCAGAGCCCCAACCCACUCCUGACGCGGCCCCGUGUCCCUCUCCUGCCCCUGAAGUCAUGCCAUUGACACGCACGUGAUCUCCGCCACUCCUAGACGACUGAGGUGGUCCACGGCCCCGUCAGUAGCCGGCCCCAGUGCUAUCCCGAGUGACCUGGCCAGCCUCGCCACCCUCCCGCCGUGCGCAGCGACGCCUCCUCUCCGGCCACCGACACAGUGUGAUGCGUAGCGCAGUCCGGCGUCGUGUGAGGGCCGCGGGAGGCACGGAGGACGGCGGUCAGACUGUGCACUCUGGGAGGACUAAAAGUUGACGGUGUGUGGCAGAUGUUCAGCUGCCAUGACCCUCCCUGACCAAGGUGGACCCCUCCCCCACCCCUCCUCCCGCCCCAUGAGCGGCGGCAGCAGCAGCAGCGUCGCGCCGACAGGGUGACUCCUGCUUCCAAAGUGCAAAGAUCUCACCUUCGCGUCGCUGGAAAUCCCCAGUUUCGUUUCAUGUGUUAUUUCAUGUGUCAACCAAGAAAAGUGACUCGCCUCAGAGCGUCCACCCGGGGCCCGCCUGACCGCCCCUCGUGCACCACCUUAGUUCCUCUCACUCUAGUCUCCCGUCCCGCUUGGUUGGAUCCUCAGCCCCGCAGCCCCGCAGUCACGGCCAGACAUUCUAUCCGCCGCAACUCCCCGCAGCACUCAUCACCGCACUCCAGGGCGAGGCGAGGCCAGACCAUGCCAGCUGAGGCUGGGACUCAUGCCUCCGCGGUCCGGCAUGAAGCCAGGCAUCGGGGAAAUAUGUGACCCCGCCUGACCCCCGCGGUCCGGAAGUGACGUCAUAAGCGCUAUCUUUGGGAAUGGGCAUUUCUUAGACAAACCCUGAACUCUGUGAUACUCUAGUUGAUUUUUCCUUGUUACUGGGGUAGAUUUGUGCGUCAGCCUGAAGCAGCCAUCGGACACACCAGCGCACCACGCGAUAAGACUGACAGACUCCCUCAAACUUGAGUGUCCCUCCGCACGCCUCCAAGGUGCUGCUGCACACCUGCGCGCGAACAGUGAAUUGUGAAAGUAAGGCAUGUGGAGGAGGGUGAUGUCAAGCUGCUCCUGUUACACGGCAAGGUAAAUUAUGGCCGUGACAGAUUCUCUCUCUCUCUCUCUCUCUCUCUCUCUCUCUCUCUCUCUCUCUCUCUCUCUCUCUCUCUCUCUCUCUGCAACAAACAGUGCAAUAUUGGCCAGCGCGUCGGCAACAGGCGGCGGUGCCCUUCACGAUGCCUCCUCCUCCAUGCGACCAAGGAUUCCAAGGGCAAAGGCGGCCAACAAACGUGUGUGCGUGUUCAGCGGGGCCUGGUGGAGCCGCUGGUGCUGCACACCAAUCCUCCCGCACCACCCACCCACGCCACCACUACCCACACCACCCACCACCCUCCCUGUAUCAGCUGGAAUGUUGUCGUGUUGUGUCCCUUCCCCUCCCUCUAUCCAUCCAUCCAUCCAUCCAUCCAUCCAUCCACCCCCAAUCUUUUCCACCUCCUCGAUCGUGUGUGUGUGUAUGUGUGCGCGUACGUGCGUGCGUGCGCGUGGAUUUCUUGACCUGGCAUCGUGUUAUCACCGGGACACAAACCGGCGAGGCUGAGGGGAAGGAAGACGCUACAGGUCGUGUGUCCUCUCAACAUAUCCCGCGCGAGGGAGUCGGAAGGGUCAGUCGGUGUUCCGAGAGAAAACAAACAAAAUGCAAAGAAGAGAAGGCUGAAUUGCGCUGCUGAGAACCUGGAUAUCUUCGUCCCCACCCCUCUCACCUCACCCUUACUCCAUCCUCUCGUCAUCUGCCACCUCCCGACACACACACACACACACACACACACACACACACACACACACACAUUUCCAUCCACUCUUCUCCCAUCCACCUCAUUCCACUUCAUUCAACGCCACACCGUCUCAUUACCACAUUGAACCACGCCUUCAUCAUCUCUUCUUCUUGGAAAAAUCCUCUCAUUAAACACACACACACACACACACACACACACACACACACACACACACACACACACACAUACACACACACACAUUGAAUCUUUCUUCUCCUCCCACUCUCCUUUCAACACGCACACCCAUACAUACAUUGGUUGGAUUUGGGUGAUGACUAAAUAGUCCCUCACUAUUACCACCAGUGUCACCACCACUAUCACCACAACCAUCCUUGAACAUGGUCAUACCGUCAGCAGUCGCGGGAGUCUUAAGUUUACCUCAGUAGUACGUGUCUGUGACAGCUACAGCAACAACAGCGAAGGACUCUUGCUGCCAUGAAAAUAUAUAUAAAAAGAAUAAAAAAAAAAGAACCCUCGCACGGAAGUCAAACUUUCAACAUUUUGUACAAUUUUAAUGGAUUAUAGACGAUUACCGGUAGAUUUCUCGCUUUUUUAUGAGGAAAAAUAUAUAUGUAGUGUCCCUGUAAAAAGAUGAUGUUUAGGUAAAAAACAAUAUGAUAUCACUUAAUAAGAUAUCGAUUCAUAUGUUGUAGAUAAUCAAGUCACACGUGGAAGGAGCCGAGGUUUGUAUAGCAUUAGAGCACACGCAUGCCUGUCCGCUGGCUAUUUAUCAUAUCAGAUCUCUAUGUGUACGUGUGUGGCGUAGAUGCUGGCACGAAGGGUCAAGGAAGCAGGUUAAGGAUGACGAUAAUAGAGUUAAGGUUUAUCCGUAGACAUAGACGGCUUCACACACCAGCAACCUCUCUUUAAAAAUAACAAUAUAUAUGUAAAAAAAUAUAUAUACAUAGCCUCUUUUCCCUCUAUUCUUUAACUCUCUCUCUCUCUCUCUCUCUCUCUCUCUCUCUCUCUCUCUCUCUCUCUCUCCAUCCUUGCCAGCCGUAGACAGUCCCGCGGUUGAGACAUGACAAAAAGCCUCUCCAGAACCCUUCUGGUCCCUGUUAUCCUCUCGGUCUCCCUCUCUAUCUCUCCGCCUUUCUUUACCUUCAACGUGCACGGAUCAGCGAGGCUCCCCUGGGUGUACGUCUGUGAUACGGCCGAGCUGACCGCGCACACAGUGAAGUCAUUCCAGUGUCAUGCUCAGCCACCGACCCGUCUGGCCCUCCCCUCCUUCCAUCCCGCCCUUCAUGUCUCUGCCUCAGUCUGCCCUCCAAUAGCCCCAGUCAGUCACAGAAAAUGGACCCUCCCCUCCCUGGACUCCGGUGGAACCUGGAACAUGUUUUUUUUUCUCUCUCUCUCUCUCUCUCUCGUUUUCUUUGCCUGUCACUCAUUUCCCCGUUUUUCCCUCCUUCAUCUGUGUUUGUGGCGCGUCAGCCAUCUCCAGCCUCCUUAGACUCCUCCGAAGUUCCCUGUGUCGUUACUUGUAUCAGAUCUAGAGAGUAAUCAUAUUAUUUUGAUAUCUGUGUGAGAACCUAACUCGCUAUCUGCACGUCUCGGCCCGGGAACAGAGGAGAAGCUAUUUUUGUACUAUUCUAUGAUAGCCGUUCCCGGGGUGAGACCUGCCUCCGCCUGCCCUGUAAUACCACGUGACACACCGUGAGCCGCGUCGCUCUAGUUGUAAUAAAGCCAGUUUGUCAGCAGCAUCCUUCAUAAUUAAAAGAGUACCAUUGUAA